AUGCGCCUGUCCAAGGUGCUGAUGGAUGGGGGCAGCAGCCUCAACAUCCUGUACAUCGACACCCUGGAAGCCAUGGCGUACCCGGUCGGCAACCUCGACUUGCCGGUCACGUUUGGCAGCAGAGCCAACUACCGCACCGAAACCCUCACAUUCGAUGUGCUCAAGCUGCUGGGCCCAAAUGGAGUCAUCACCGUGAGUGGCUCCUUCGAGCAUGCCUACGCCAGCAGCCAUGAGCAUUUCGACCUCGCCACCACCGCGGCGAACCCAACGGAGCUCGGCCAGCUUCGCGCCGCCACCACCGAGUGCCGCCCUGACCCUUGCAAGCCUAGCCAGGCACCGACUUUAGUCUCGACCGAGAAGACCAAGUCGGUCGUGGUUGACGACACCGACCCAACCAAGAUGGUGCGGGUCGGCUCCCAGCUGUCGGCCAAAUAG